AAUGGUACAAACAUUACAACAGUACAAACAAUAUAAGCCCGAGACAGUCUGCCACAUAAAUCAACACUACUAAAGGCUUUUGUACGUAAAUACCGCAUACGUUUUGUUUAGCUUCUGUCAGCAGUAUGAACGAGAUGGAUAUUGAGGUCAGCGGUUUAAUUACUACUCAAGAGGAGAAACAGACGGGGAAUAAUAUGUUCCAGUUGCCAGCCAACAUUUUGUUAUCCCCACCCGCUGCCCGUGAAUGGUUCGGGAAGCGUAAGGAAACUGUUAGACCAUGGAUGGUUUUCAUCAACACAUCAAACUUCCAGGCCCCACGGAGCUUGCCCAGACUGACAAGGAGAAUUGUGAAGAACAUCGAGCAUUUUCAAAGCAAUUAUCUGUUUGUAUUCGUUGGUGUUGUCUUAUACUGCCUCAUUACAUCACCAUUGUUGUUGUUUGCUGUGGCAGCCAGCCUUGGAGCUGGUUAUAUCCUUCAUCUACGACAUGCUGAAGGGAAGAAGCUUACAUUGUUGUCACAUGAGAUACCACUGGCACAACAGUAUGGUGUUGUUGCCAUUUGUUCCCUGCCUGUUUUCUACUUGGCAGGAGCUGGCGCUGCCCUUUUUUGGGUGCUGGGUGCUUCCUUGGUAAUAAUUACUCUACAUGCAGCUUGUUACAAUAUUGAUGCUGUGUUGAGUCAGGAUGAGAGCAGAUUUGACCUUGUAAUGGAAGAGGUCUGAUCAAAUAUGUAGCACAGUAUGUUAUACACACUGUUUAUGUACAUUGAACAUAAUAUAAUUUAUGGAUACUAUUUCUAGUUACAGAAAAAUGUAAUAUUUUUUGAGCAUCUGAUUUUAUUUUAUAUAUACAUUUCAGUGUCAAUACAAAGAAUUUUCUACUAAUAUCAUAACAGGAUUUGCAGAGUUAUAUUGAUAUAGGAGGAGGAUGUGUAUUCAUAUAGAAUUGGACCGUAAAAAGACAUGUUAUGCAGAUGCUAAUUCUGACAGCAGUGGAUGAAUAGCUUGUGCAAAGCAGUGCACAGUGAUCAUCACAUCUCCAUGGACUAUCUAGAUAUAGCUAGAUAGAUAUAUCACUCACAUCUCAAAAAUAGGGUUGGGGAUGGGGGAGAAGAAGUAGUAUAGGGAAUUCUGCAGAACUGCAAAUUCGUGACAAUGAUAAUGUGACAGUGAGUCAGUCUUAAUUUUCCAGUGCUGCACACUGCUCAAAGAAAGAUCUUUGCAUUACCAUAGAAAUCUGAUUUUAUGUUGGAAUAAACCUUUACCAAUAGUGAAAUAUUAUUCUCAAACAAGCCCUGAGAAUAGAAAAAAUAGUAUUGGAACUAAUUAGAAAGUUUGAUUCAAUAGAUAAAAAAAUAUAAAGGUUGUACAUUUAACUUGAUUUCUCCUGCAUACAAACUUCACUCAGAAUAACAAAAUAUAAUAAAAUAACCAUCAUACUGUGAUUGUCAAAGCUUUAAAAAGUUAGAAAAACAUGAGAAGAGCUCCUGAUUUGUGUUUAUUACAAUGAAUGUCAUAAUACCUGUUCUGAAACAUGAGAUGGAUUUGUAGGUGACAACAAAAGAAAUAUGAUCACAGAAUGAGCAGAACAGAUAAUCUCCCACUAUAUCUGGUUAAUAAAUGCAAAAUAUGAAUUUUAGGGAACGUGGAAUAAUGAACUGUGUGUUCAAACAGUGGAAAGUCCAGGAAGAAAUAAAAACAGUUUGGAAAGGAUAGAGUGAUACUCACUACAUAGAAGAUGUGUUGAGUUGCAGACAGACACAACGAAAAAGACUGUAGACAGGCACAAAGAAAAUGAACGCUAGAAAUAUUUAGUUUUUGGACAACGUCCUCCUUCAGAAGUAGAAACACACACAUUCACACAAAAACUCACAUACACCCAGAGAUAGUGGCUGUGUGUGUGUGUGUGUGUGUGUGUGUGUGUGUGUGUGUGUGUGUGUGAGAGAGAGAGAGAGAGAGAGAGAGAGAGAGAGAGAGAGAGAGAGAGAGAGAGUGUGUGUGUGUUUUGCUGUAUAAGUGGGUUGAGUUUUUGGCCAAAAGCUGAAAUAUUUCUAGCUUUCUUUUUCAUUGUGCCUAUCUGUGACUCACUGCUUCCACUAUGUGUGAGUAACAAUAUAUUUUUUCCAUAUUGUUGAACUGUGUAUUCAGAUUUUAUGGAUGACAGAUAAAAUGUUUGAUUAAAGAAAAGAAAUUACUGAAUGCAACUAAAAUGAACAGUAUUAUACUACAAGACAUCGAAGUUCCACAAAUAAGAAAAUUUUCUAUAGAGGCCACUGAUUGUGGUCCCAGAAGAUCACCUUGUGUGGUAAACAUAUUGAAAUAUAAGUUAUUCAAAAUGUUGUGCUGCAGUGGAAUACUGAAGAAAUUAUUUCAAUUUGUAAAAAGAAAUAAAAGGGGAGAUGGAAGAAACUGUAUUGAACAUUCAGGCUGCAUAAAUAACAUAGGAGGUUGACUAGCUGAGGCACGCAGUAAUUGUGAAUCUUAUACUAGAGCAUUGAGCAAGGAAGAUAAACAUAGCAAUGUGGAGGAGAUUAAUUCAUGGUAAUGAGAUCAGCAAAGAUAAGUCAUGACGAAUGCAGUAAAAUAAAACAAUCAAUCAGUGAGAGUGAGAGUGGAAGAAUAGAGGACUGCACAGUAUUUUAUUAACAAUAAUAAACAUAAUCAUGCAGAAGAGACAAAUGUGUAUAUUAUUGUGAAUGAUGUACACAUUUCAGUGUUAGAACUGAACAUUAAAGGCAUUAAGAAAACAAUAGUAUGAGGUUGAUAUGGCUGUGCUUGCUGUAGCAACACUAAAACAUACAAUUUUGUAGGAAGUGGUAGUCAGUCUUCUUGUGAAAUAUCAUUAUUUUCACAUCAUUUUCAAUGCCAUUUUAUGGCAGUAAUGGGGAACACAAAAUGGAAAUAUUAAAAUCUGUUUUCUAUUCCUGCACCAUAUCAUACAAAGAUAGCAAGAAAUUCAAAUGUGCACAGUGGCUUGCAUAUCAAAUCAACAGAUAAAUAUUGUGAAGGUGGAUGAAUAAAAUAUAUAAACUUUAAAAAGCUAUACAUUACUAUUUUACAUUUUCAUAUGUCAAUACUUUUGGAAAUUCAUUUUCUCUGUGAUGUGAUAUAAAUUGUCAUGUGUCCAGAAAUUUUAUUUCAGAAUUUUAUUUUCCUUUUAACAAGUCCAUGCUAUUAUUAAAAUAAGUUUAUCAAGCUUUUUUAACGUGUGUUUCUGAUAAUCAUGAUUGAUGAAACAUUGGUUUAUGUGAAACUCCUAAAAUCACUCAACUAAAAACUUGGAUAGACAGUCAAUACCUGUGAUAUUGUUGAAAUUGGCUUAAAAAAAUCCUGACCCAGUCAUACCUCCUGCAGUUCUCUGUAUAAAUUUAUAUUAGUUAAUGAAGAUGAGAUUAGACACACAAUGACAUAUCAUGUGGCCAGUCAUUUCCCUCAGAAUCCUAAAGCUAUUUACAAAAUCUCAAUGUGAAAAGACAAAUACAUUUUUUUUUUACCUGUGCUAAUUUAUUUUGUAAAUCGGAGUGCGUAAAAUGUAAAUAGGUUGCCCAAAUACAAUUCAAACCAUGUCUAUUUAUGAAGAUUUUGUAUAUAAAUUUUAUUUGUGUGCUGUGUAUUCUUUCAUAUAAAUAUUUUAAAAUAAAGUACCAUACUAACUUCC